AUGGAUAGAACACCAGAAAUAUUGAAGCAACUGGUGCAAAGUAUCAAUCCAUCAUUCAAUAAUGUGUCGACACCCUUUCCAAAUGAUACAAACUGUACAACAGUAAAUGUUCCAGAUGAAGUAUUCUUCACAAUUUCAUCUAUUGGCGUUUUGGAAAACCUUUUAGUGCUUCUAGCCAUAAUCAAAAAUAAAAACCUUCAUUUGCCCAUGUACUUGUUUAUUUGCAGCUUAGCUAUUUCAGACAUGUUGUGCAGUAUUUACAAAAUUCUGGAAACCACUGUCAUUAUUUGUAUUGAUGUGGGAUACCUGGAGUAUAAAGGAUCAUUUGAGAAAAAGGUUGAUAUUGUCCUAGAUGUGAUAUUUGCAAUAUCUUUGCUUGGAUCAAUAUGUAGUUUAUCUGCUAUAGCAGCUGAUAGGUACAUUACUAUAUUUCAUGCACUUCAGUAUCACAAUAUUAUGACUUUGAAGAGUGCGUCUGUAAUUUUGGCUAUAAUUUGGACUUUUUGUAGUGGAGGAGGGAUAGCUAUGAUUAUGUUCUUUUACGAUAAAGUUACACUAAUAAUCUUCAUUGUAGUGUUCAUGUUGUUGCUACUUGUUAUAGUGUGUCUUUAUAUUCACAUGUUUCUUCUAGCCCGUGCCCAUGCAAAAAGAAUAACUUCAUUAUCCAGACAAUGGAAUUCAGUACAUCAAAGGGCUAAUAUGAAAGGUGCUAUUACUCUGACCAUUUUACUAGGUGUAUUUAUUUGUUGUUGGUCUCCAUUUAUUUUUCAUCUUCUUCUCUAUGGACUUUGUCGUCAUAAUACUUACUGUGUAUGUUUUAUGUCACUUGUGAAUAUAAAUGGAACACUUAUUAUUUGUAACUCUGUCAUUGAUCCAUUAAUUUAUGCAUUCCGAAGUCCUGAGUUGCGCAGCACAUUCAAACGAAUGCUCUGCUGCUGGAUCUCAAGAUAA